AUGGCUAACCCCGUCCCGUCAGCCUGCUGCGUGGUGCUCGCCGUGGUGGUGGUGGUGUACGCCCAGAGACACAGCCAGCAGGACAGCCACAUCCAGUAUGAGCGGGUAGGUGCAGAUGUGACCAUGAAGUGUGGCUCCAUGGACUGGGACGCAGCCGUGACCUGGACAGCCAAUGGCACUGACAUCGAUGAGUCCCACCUGAAUGGGUCCUACCUGAUCCUGAAGAACGUCGACCUGACACAGAGUGGCCAGUACUCGUGCUACGAGGGCUCCUCCUGGCACCUCAAAUACCAGACCUACCUGAGAGUGGGAACCCCUCCGAAGGAGCCAGUGCUGAUGUGCCGGUCCAACAACUACCCGAAGGGUUUCUACUGCAGCUGGCACCUGCCCACUCCCACCUACAUCCCCAACUCCUUCAACAUCUCUGUCAUACACGGCACAAGAGAGAUGGUCUGCGAGAAGGAUAUCUUUCCCAAAAACAGGUGUCACAUCAGAUACCUCCAGCUCUUCUCAACUGUGAAGUACAAGGUGACUCUGACAGUCACGAAUGCUCUGGGCAAAAACUCCACCACUGCCACCUUUGACGAGUUCGCCAUAGUAAAGCCGGACCCUCCAGAGAGUGUGGUGGCCAAACCUGUGCCAAAUAACCCUCGGAGGCUGGAGGUGUCGUGGCAAAACCCCUCAUCGUGGCCUGACCCUGAGUCUUUCCCACUCAAGUUCUUCCUGCGGUAUCGGCCCCUCAUCCUGGACCAGUGGCAACACGUCGAGCUGUCGGACGGGACAUCGCACACCAUCACGGAUGCCUAUGCUGGUAAGGAGUACAUCAUCCAGGUGGCGGCCAAAGACAACGACAUCGGCACGUGGAGCGACUGGAGCGUGGCUGUCCAUGCCACCCCUUGGACAGAAGAGCCUAAGCAUCUCACCACAGAGGCCCAGGUCACAGAGACAACGAGCGCUAGCACCUCCUCUUUCAUGCCGCCCCCCACCACCAAGAUCUGCGACAAGGGGGCUGUGGUGGGCAGCGGGGCCGUGGCAGUGUGUUGGACAGCUGGACUGGUCUUGGCUGCCUAUGGUGUCCUCUUUAUUUAG